GACAAAGAAGACUGCGGCCCCCUUCCAGAAAAGCAUGGGAAACUUGUAAACAGUUAGUGACCUCUCUUUUUCCCACUAUUUUCGCCACCAAAAAUAAAAAAAACGAAGAGGGAGGGGGAGGAAAGAGAUCCCUUUUUCCUUUGAACGAACGAAAAACAAGAAACACAUAAACGGGGAUCAUCAGCAAGUCUACCCAAACCAGCCGCAGAAAAAUAACAUGAUCCCAUGGCCACGCUCGUCCGCAAUACAGCUCCCCCUGAUCAGGAUCCUGAUCUGACGCCUUUAGUGGGCGUGCCUUGUCCUGGAUGUGGCUCCCCCUUCCAGAUCGAUCGCCCGCAGGAUUCAGGAUACUUGACCAAAGCAGUAGAUACGACCAAUGCUUCGGAAUCAAUAUCGGAAAAAAAGUCCAAGAAAUCGACACAACCAGCCUUCGAUCCGGAUGCGACAUCAAUGACACACACACAGUACGAGGAGCACCUCAAGACAUUAGACCCCAAGAUUCUUGAAGAGAUGGGUGUCAUUCUGCCAGCUGCUCCCUCUCCCACGACAGACGAAUCCUCAGAACAACGUCACCCUGGAAAAGAAGGACCAGAGGUGCGGGAGGAGGUUGAGGAAGUGGUCGAGAUGUUGACACCCAUCCCAAAGCACAUCGAGACCUUGGCGCAAUCCAAGACUGCGACGGUCGUGUUGGUCGUCGAUCUGAUCGAUUUCCCGCUCUCGCUGCCUCAACCCAUCAUCGAUGAACUUCUCAAACCCAAGGCAAGGAAGCAUCGGGAUUCGAAGGAAUACCCGACAACGCCUAUUAUUCUUGUCGGUAACAAGUUCGAUGUUAUGCCCUUGGGCACUCUUAGACAUAAAGUCAUCCAGCGAAUACAGCGUUAUCUCGACUCUCACGGACUGAGCGAAAACAUCCGAGCAAUCCACCUCGUCAGCGCCAAGAACCCUGCGGGCGACGAAAUCCGACUGCUACUCAAGAGCAUCGGUACCUCGUGGGACAAAUCGGGAAGAAAGGGCAACAUUGUCAUGGUCGGCGCUGAAAACGUCGGCAAGUCCCAACUCCUGAACGCCUUCCUUCGCGAAAGCGGUCGCUGGCGUCCAAACAAUACACAGAUCCAGCGAGCCCGUUACGGAAGCGAACAACUGGAGCGUCAACGGAAGUUGAGCGCGCUUUUGGGGGACGUCUCCUCCUCUACGACGGAAAGUGAGGGCGAUAAGGAAUGGGCGACUCUGACAGGGAAGGAUUCAGUGGGUCAGGAUAUCGACCAGUACGAGACGGUGUACAAGGAUCGAGGACUGGAGAAGUUGUAUCGGUAUCAGACGACGGUGUCGAAUGUUCCGGGGACAACGUUGGAGAAGAUCAAGGUUCCGUUGAGUGUGCUGUCGAGAUUUAUGGGCGCGACAUUUAAGGAAGUUCAGACGAAAUGGUUGAUGGACACGCCUGGUGUGAGGGAUGAUCGUGCGCAGUUGACGAGUUGGCUGACGCUUGAGGAAUUGAAUGUUUCGUUACCAAAGAAGAUGCUCAAGCCCGCGAGCUUCAUGCUUGAGGAAGGGAAAUCAUUCUUCUUGGGAGGCCUCGUCAGGAUCGACUGCAUCUCUAUCGGAAAAAAGCCGACGGACAGCACUCUAGACGCAUCCGCCUCCGCCUCCGCAACAAUAUUAACUGACAGCACAGCAACACAUUCUGGACGUCAACGUGGCUCGAAUCCGGUACCAAAGAUCACUGUGUUCACAACCCUCCCCCUCCACAAGACCUCGACCGCAGCUGCGGACAAAUUCCUGGAAAGGACCGCGAAGGGUGAUCUCACGGUGUUACAGCCUCCCUUUGGCUCCAAAGAACGUCUACUGGCCUUUCCAGGACUCGCACCUGUCUCUGACAAGGACAUUGUUAUCAUCAACCAGCCCUAUCCCACUUCUUCUUCUUCUUAUUCAGAUCCAUUUGCCAAACUGGAAGGGGCAGCAAAAGAAGGCGAUCCCAUAGAAUCGAUCCUCGCGAAUAUGACGCGUCAAGAGCGCGAGAACACGACUAUGCAACUAGCAGGGCAGUACGGGAUCAGCGACUUGGUCUUUUCAGGAAUUGGAUGGGUGAUGGUGUCGGGCAAGUUCCGCGGGGAGCAGCAGGCCGUGACCUUGAGGGUUUGGACGCCGAGGGGGGAGGGAGCGAUGGUGAGGGAGAUGUGUCUGCUGCCAGAGUUGGCGGCGAACCCGGUGGAGAAGACAGCGGGAGGGAUCCGGCAGAAGCAGAAGUUGUUUCGGCCCUUGCCCCCCAAGGUCACGAAGGCACAGCUUGCAUCGGGCGCAGGAGCAGAUGUGGAGCGGUGA